UUUUUUUGAAUUUUUAGAAAUGUUAAUAUUAAUCCAUUUAAUUUUUUAUAUAUUUAUUUGUUCACUGCAAAGCUUAACAAAGAAUGUUUAUGGAGUUGAAGGAUCAAGUAAAGGAUUUAAUCUAAAACAGUUAGAUUUUAAAUAUAAUGAAGAUGGGCAAACGUUGAGCAUCAACCGCGACAAGCGUUACUUACCUGGCGGAAGAGGUGAUGGAGGUGGAGAUGGAUGGGCCGGUUGCUCUGGCCCAGAAUGCAGUAGAGGGUAUUGCUUAAAUGGCCAUGACUGCAUUUGUAGGCCUUGCCCACGUCCUAGACCAAGUUAUCAUUGGAGAAGACCUCAAAUUAGACGACCAUAUUAUCGGAGGCCGAGACCGAGACAUUACAAAAGGAGAAGGCCUUACUGGUGGCUUAGAAGAUAUGUGGUUAUUGAAUACUAA